GUUCGCGUGCCCGUGUGAGGUUGAAAAAGAGAGAGGGUGGUAGAGUGAGGUAGACUCAGAGCGCAGGGGGAGGUGGAUCUCCGUGUAGCGGAGCAGCCGAGGCUAAAGCUAACUAGCCAUGUUGCUGUCGCCGCCGCCGCCGCUGCUGCUCCUCCCGCUGCUGGUGGUGUGUGUCUGCUAGCGGGCCGCCCUGGACUCCCUAUCCUCCCUGAGGUGCAUCAUGCCCGGCUGGAAGAAAAACAUCCCGGCCUGUCUCCAACCGGACCAGGAGGGAGAUGAGGGGCCGUACACCAAACACUCUGCCGGGUCGAGACCUCCAGAUGGAGCACUGGCCAUCAGGAGACAGAGUAUACCAGACGAGUUUCGGGGCUGCUCAGUGGUGGAGUUGAUGAAGAAAGAGGGGACAACGCUAGGACUGACGGUUUCAGGCGGCAUUGACAAGGAUGGGAAACCCAGGGUUUCAAACCUGCGACAGGGAGGCAUCGCUGCCAGGAGCGACCAGCUGAACGUGGGCGACUACAUCCGAUCCGUCAACGGCAUCAACCUGGCCAAGUUCAGACACGAUGAAAUCAUCAGUCUGCUGAAGAACGUCGGGGAGCGGGUCGUCCUGGAGGUCGAGUACGAGCUGCCGCCAGUCUCUGUGCAGGGGUCAGGGGUCAUGUUUAAGAGCGUGGAAGUCACGCUGCACAAAGAAGGAAACAGUUUCGGCUUCGUCAUAAGAGGUGGGGCCCAUGAAGACAGGAACAAGUCUCGCCCCAUCGUCAUAACAACCAUCAGACCAGGUGGACCGGCUGACAGAGAAGGAACCGUCAAACCGGGCGAUCGGUUGCUCAGCAUCGACGGGAUUCGUCUCCAUGGCAGCACGCUAUCAGAGGCCAUGAGCAUCCUGAAGCAGUGUGGGCAGGAGGCUACACUGCUGAUCGAGUACGACGUAUCGGUGAUGGACUCGGUUGCCACGGCGUCGGGGCCGCUGCUGGUGGAGGUUGCUAAGGCGACAGGCUCCAGUCUAGGCGUGGCUCUUUCCACCUCCAUGUUCUGCAACAAGCAGGUCAUCAUCAUCGACAAGGUCAAACCAGCCAGCAUAGCGGACAGGUGUGGUGCUCUUCACGCAGGAGACCACAUUUUGUCUGUUGAUGGGAAAUCGAUGGAGUUUUGUUCUCUGGCCGAAGCCACUCAGCUGCUCUCUGCCUCCUGUCAGACCGUCCGCAUGGAGAUUCUGCCGCAACACCAGGCCCGUCCAGCCCUGAAUGCACCACAGCACGUCAAGGUGCAACGUAGUCCCCGCCCCCUCCCCUGGGAGACCGGAAGCUCUGCCCCCAUCCUCCCCCCCUACCACUACAACACGUACCACCCCGACCAAUCAGCUGCCAGAUCGCACAACCGCCAUACAAACAACCCUCCUCUCAGCCACUCGUUCUCUCCCGGCUCCAUGUCGGCCUAUAGUCUCUCGUCCCUGAACAUGAGCACCCUGCCCAGGAACAUGUAUCCCACGAGUCCACGGGGCACGCUGAUGAGGAGGAAAGGCAAGAAGAAGGACUUCAAGAGCUCAUUGUCUCUUGCGUCCAGCACCGUGGGUCUCGCCGGUCAGGUCGUUCACACGGAAACCACGGAGGUGGCGUUGCUAGGCGACGGCAUCAUGGGCUUCGGCCUGCAGCUGCAGGGUGGAGUGUUCGCCACGGAAACGUUAUCCUCGCCGCCGCUCAUCGCUUACAUCGACCCCGACAGCCCCGCUGAGAGGUGUGGUAUCCUGCAGAUCGGUGACAGGAUUUUGUCCAUAAAUGGAGUUCCUACCGAAGACUCCACCCUGGAAGAAACCAAUCAGCUGCUCAGAGACUCGUCCAUCACCGCUCAGCUCACGCUGGAGAUCGAGUUCGACGUGGCCGAGUCGGUCAUCCCCAGCUCCGGAACGUUCCACGUGAAGCUCCCAAAGAAACCAGGGGUGGAGCUGGGAAUCACCAUCAGCUCUCCGUCCAACAGGAAACCAGGUGAUCCUCUGAUCAUCUCUGAUAUCAAGAAAGGCAGUGUCGCACAUAGGACGGGGACGUUGGAGCUCGGAGACAAGCUGCUGGCCAUCGAUAACAUCCGGGUGGAGAACUGCUCGAUGGAGGAAGCUGUUCAGAUCCUCCAGCAGUGUGAGGAGCUCGUCAAACUGAAGAUCCGCAAAGACGAAGACAACUCAGAUGAGCAGGAGGUGUCUGGCAGCAUCAUCUACACGGUGGAGCUGCAGAGGUACGGGGGCCCACUGGGAAUCACCAUCUCAGGCACAGAGGAGCCCUUCGACCCCAUCAUCAUCUCCUCGCUGAGCAAAGGGGGGCUGGCUGAGAGGACCGGUGCGAUCCACGUCGGAGAUCGUAUUCUGGCCAUCAACAGCAGCAGUCUGAAGGGGAAACCUCUGAGCGAAGCCAUCAGCCUGCUGCAGCAGGCGGGAGAGACGGUCACGCUGAAGAUCAAGAAGCAGGGAGAACUGUCAAGUCCGAAGUCCUGUGUGAUUGGUCCAGGUCUGGGAUCGGGGGCGGGGCUCGGUCAGGAGAACCAGGACGGGGAGGAGGAGCCUGUCAUCAUGGUCGCGCCUCCGUCAAGCCAGAGGGCGUUCAGCACACUGCCGUCUGUGGACAGCGCCGUGGAGUCCUGGGACGGAUCCAACAUGGACAGCAGCUUCACCACGCCAGCUCCACCAUUUCAGUCGUCUCCGUACAGUUUCCACGAGUGGCGCAACGCCAAGACGACCAACAGCCAAUCGUCCUCCUCCACUCGCCAGAGAGCCAAUCCGCUGUCCGAUCUGGGUCUGAGUGACGACGACUGGGACCGCCCGCCACUCGGAGGAGCCUGUAACCUGCCCAGCGGUCUAAUCAAUGACAGCAGGUUCACUGUGGGGCAUGACGGCACAGAACCGGACCAGGAGGAGAACUUCUGGUCUCAGGCUCUGGAGGAUCUGGAGACCUGCGGCCAGAGCGGCAUCCUCAGGGAGCUGGAGGCAACCAUCAUGUCAGGCUCCACCCUCAGUCUGAACCAUGACCCCACCCCCAUGCGCAGCACUCUGGGACGCCAGGCCAGUUUCCAGGAACGCAGCAGCUCCCGUCCACAGGUGACCCCUCGGUCCAACACCUUGCCCUCUGACCCCCAACGCCGAGCCUUCGCCAUGAGGAAGAUGAGGCAGGAAGUCAAUGAUAUCCUAAACCAGAACCCUGUGGAACUGCACAAGUUGACUCUUGAGAAGGUCUCAGACCUGGAGGACUUUGGUUUCAGUGUGUCUGAUGGUCUGCUGGACCGUGGUGUCUACGUUAACAACAUCCGACCAGGGGGCCCGGCAGAGCAGGGAGGCCUCCGAGCCUACGACCGAAUACUACAGAUUAACCACGUGCGGACCAGGGACUUUGACUGCUGCCUAGUCGUUCCUCUGAUCGCAGAAUCUCCAAAUCGCUUGGAUCUCGUCAUCAGUCGAAACCCAACCUCCUCCUCUCUGCUGGCCAAUCACACUGAUGGCACCAACAACAGCACUCACUCCCCUCAGCUUGUCGGCAGCAAGCUGGGACCGUCUGAGCUUUCUAUUGGCCAAGGAGAGGAUGGUGGUCCAAUCAAGUGGAGCCAACCUGGAGAUGGGCUUGGGGCGGGGCUUGGGCUGGGGCAGGUGAAUAAUAGCUCCUCAUAGCGAACAAAAAAUGGAUCAAACUCGAUCAAACUGGUUCUAACCAGACUGGAACAAAGAGGUCUACGAGGACAACAUCACAACAAAGUUGAAUCCAACUGGUUUAGACCCAUCCAAACUGGUUCAGAGUGGACCCCCCAUGGUGCUACACACACCCUCUGGAUGAACUUUGACCUUUGACCACUAAAGUUUGACCCCAUGAACUGCUAAAGCAGCCCGAAAGCACACUGAUGGACUGGAGCAACUACUCACCUUUUCACCUGAACCAGUUUUGCAAACUGGUGUCACUAAAACCAGAACUGUGACUACUGAUGCUACUGGAACCACAGCCAGAGCUACUGGUCUUAUUGGUUCAAGAUUAAUGGGUACUGGUUCUUUUAGCCCAGAGCCAUGGCCACUGGUUCUACUAAGGCCAGAGCCACAGUCAAAAGUUUUACUGGUCUAAGAUCAUUGGUUACUGGUUCUAAAAGCCUAGGACUGGCAUUACUGGCCCUACUGGAACUAGAGCCACAGCCAGAUGUCUUACUGGUCCAAGACGCUUGGGUUCUGGUCUUAGUGGUAACAGAAUCAUGCCUACUGGUUCCACCGAAGCCAGAGCCACAGCCAGGGGUCUUACCUGUACCAAGACAUGGUUCUGGUUCAUGGUCUCAAGGUCACAGGACCAUAGGUACUAGUCUUACUGAAGCCAGAGCCAAAGCCAGUGGUCUUACUGGUCCAAGACAUGGUUCUUGCUCUUGGUCUUGGUGGUCACAGAAUCAUGGAUACUAAGCCAGAGCCAUGACAGCUGCUUCUACGAGUUCAGAACCAUGGCUCCGGGCCUUUCUGGUCUUACUACAACCAGAACCAUGGCUUCUGGUUGUACUGGCCUAGGACCACAUCAGCACAAAGACUGAUAGGACUCCAGUCCAGAAUCCAGAGCCUGCUGAUAGACAGGCAGAUUGCCAAGUAGACUAGGGAUGCUCCGAUCAGGGUGUCUAGGGCUGAUGUCAUUGGGAUCAUCCAAACCAGUGCUGAUCACUGACUCGUUUCUUUUCUUAAACUUUUUUACAGGAAGCUCCUGCAUGAGAAACCCUUAAAAACCCAGCACUUUGAUUUAUGUCAAAGUCUUACUCUUCAUAUUCUCCAAAUAGGAAUCACCAAUCUAAAAUAUUAGUGUAUUAUGCUGCUACUGCUGAAGCCCAGGACGCUUACAAUAAACUACAUCGUACGAAGUGUCGUCCUACUAAAGGCGAAAGUAUUUAUAGCUGUUCAGAAUGGGGAUGCUGUUCAACAAUCUAAAAAGCACUUUGUUUGAAGCUUACUGGCGCCUUGACUCUGCCCCACACGUUUUAUAUUACACAACUGAAGUAGAAGCUGUGUGGCAAGUAUGAAAAAGGAUCCUACCAGGGUUUCUUUGCAGAAGCAGUGUGAUUGGGUCAGAGGGUUUUGUUCAGGCGCAAGAUUAAAGAUUACCAUGGUUAAGUACAAGUGUUGAGAUGGUAAAGUGUAAGCCUGAAGUGGAAAAAAAUUUAAAGCAGUGAUUAAAAGCUUUAAGUCAGAGGUGGUUUGUGCUAGGUAGGGUUUGAUGUAGGUCAGAUUAGGAUAAGAAUCUAGAAAGGUGGGAUCCACAAGACCACAAAAAAAGUUGCAGCUGCUCAAAUUCAGUUCUGAUAUGAUGGGUAAUCCUGCACACUUACUCUUACGAAACAGUUCUGGAUAUAGCUGAGACUCCUGAGUUGAAAAGUACAAAGAGGCACUGUCUUUACUGGAGAGUCAGGUGCUCAUAUACAGGUAGUCUCUCAGGCAGGGUGUAGGCAAAAAUCCAGGAACCAAAAGACAAGGCAAAGUCACAAACCAUGAAAUGAAAACACAAGGAGAUCACUGGAAAACAUUGACCGCACAUGGUAGAACAAAGACAAUCUUACAGGGAACAGAGGAAACGGGGAGUAUAUAUAUGGGGUGGACUGACAGGAAACACCAGGGGCAGGUAAAUUGAUUGGAAGCAGGUGUGAAUGAUCAAAGGGCAAUAAUUAAAAUGAAAGGACAGGUGAGUAUUUCAAAAUAAAUCAGGAAACAAGACGUGAAACUUGACGAGAUUUUACAACUCUGACACAUCCGAAAUAUAAUACUCCAAAAGUCUAUUAGAAAAGAACUCUGCAUUAGCUCGUAGCGUUCUACAAUGCAUUUGGGCCAACGGUGCUGCCUGGAGUCCUUAUUAGUAACGGCCGGACAAUACUGAUCCCUUUAAACUUCUUUGUACUGUUUUGAUAUGUUCAUCAGAGCUUGUGUCAGCUGACAGUUUAGAAAGUUUUGGAGCGAACCAUAUGAUGAUCAAGUGACACAAAACAGUGUUUGGUCAAGAAGAAUAACACCUAGCCUUUGUGGGGUUUUCGUCGGGAUUGAAACUAAAAUUAGUGAAUUAGCUUUGGCCCCAGUCUGAAAUGGCUGCUAACCAUCAGAUGUCACUGGGUUACUAAUAUCCUGAAGCUUCUGGUCUUUUUACAGCACAAACAGGAAGAACGCCCCAAAGACUCAUAAGGCUUGUAAAGUUAGAACAUGGUUGGACAAACUUAACUAAACCACUUGGCCAAUUCAGGUUCAUGAAGGCAGGCAGCUU